CCAAUUAAAAUUUAUCGUGUUUCCCUCUCUCUCUCUUUCUCACCCCUUUUAUAUCAAUCUUCUUCUCCUUUUCUUUCAACUUUACUCAUAUUUCCUACAUAUAUCACUUCAAAUUUCAAUCUCUUCUUCUUCUUCAUCUUCAUACUAUAGUAUUAUUAUUAUUAUAGAUAGAUAUGCCACAACAUAAGGAAUUUACAGUUCAAGUAGAACCAGCCAAGGAAGCCAAGAAUGGAAGACCAUCGAUCGGACCUGUUUACAGAAGUAUAUUCGCCAAGAAUGGUUUUCCAGCUCCGAUUCAAGGAAUGGAUAGUUGCUGGGACAUCUUCCGGAUGUCUGUGGAUAAAUAUCCUAAUAAUCGAAUGCUUGGCCAGCGUAAGAUUGUCAAUGGGGAGGCUGGAGAAUAUGUUUGGCAAACUUACAAGCAAGUAUAUGAUAUUGUAAUGAAGCUUGGAAAUUCCAUUCGCAGUUGUGGUGUUGGGGAGGGAGGAAGGUGUGGAAUCUAUGGUGUUAAUUCUCCCGAGUGGAUAAUGAGCAUGGAGGCAUGCAAUGCUCAUGGAAUUUAUUGUGUUCCUUUGUAUGACACUCUAGGUGCUGGUGCUGUGGAAUUUAUCAUUUCCCAUGCUGAGAUCUCUAUUACUUUCGUGGAAGAAAAGAAAAUUGGCGAGGUGCUGAAAACUAUUCCGGGUACAAAGGACUUCUUGAAAACAAUUGUGAGUUUUGGUAAAGUUACAUCCGAGCAAAGGGAGACAGUAGAGAACCUUGGUUUGGCUAUAUAUUCAUGGGAUGAUUUUUUAUUGUUGGGAGAUAACAACCAAUAUGAGCUCCCAGUGAAGAAGAAAACUGACAUUUGUACAAUAAUGUACACCAGUGGCACAACUGGUGAUCCAAAAGGUGUAUUGAUUUCCAAUAACAGCAUUGUUUCUCUUAUAGCUGGUGUGAGGUGUCUUCUCGAAAGUGUGAACGAGGCGUUGGAUGCAAAAGAUGUUUAUCUUUCUUAUCUUCCUCUAGCACAUAUAUUUGAUCGGGUAAUUGAGGAAUACUUUAUCAGCAAUGGAGCUUCAAUAGGAUUUUGGCGCGGGGAUGUCAAGUUACUACUAGAAGAUAUUAGCGUGCUAAAGCCCUCCAUUUUUUGUGCUGUUCCACGCGUGCUAGAUAGAAUUUAUUCUGGUUUGCAGCAGAAGAUUUCAUCUGGAGGCUUCAUUAAAAACAAGUUGUUUAAGUUUGCAUUCUCAUACAAACAACAUAACAUGGUUAAAGGGCAUAAACAUAUCGAGGCAGCUCCAUUGUGCGACAAAGUUGUUUUCAAUAAGGUAAAACAAGGAUUAGGUGGAAAUGUAAGACUUAUUUUAUCUGGAGCAGCACCUCUUGCAGCACAUGUUGAAAGUUUUCUAAGAGUUGUAACUUGUGCUCAUGUUCUUCAAGGAUACGGUCUGACUGAAACAUGUGCGGGAACAUUUGUAUCAAUUCCUCACGAGAUGGAUAUGCUUGGAACUGUUGGUCCCCCAGUACCAAAUGUAGACGUUUGUCUAGAAUCUGUUCCUGAGAUGGGUUACGAUGCUACUACUUCGGAUAAACCUCGUGGUGAGGUCUGCAUAAGGGGAGAUACUUUGUUCUCUGGUUAUCAUAAACGUCCUGAUCUUACUCAAGAGGUCAUAGUUGAUGGAUGGUUCCACACAGGGGAUAUUGGUGAAUGGCAAACAAAUGGAAGCUUGAGAAUUAUUGACAGGAAGAAGAAUAUUUUCAAACUCUCACAAGGAGAAUAUGUUGCUGUUGAAAAUUUGGAGAAUAUUUAUGGCCUUGCUUCUUCUCUUGACUCGAUAUGGGUAUACGGGAACAGUUUCGAAUCUUUCUUAAUUGCUGUUGUGAAUCCAAACCAACACGCACUUGAACAGUGGGCUGCUGCAAAUAAUGUUGAUGGAGAUAUUGAAUCCUUAUGUGAAAAUCCCAAGGUCAAGGAGUUCAUAUUAGCAGACCUUAAAAAGAUAGGACAAGAGAAGAAGUUAAAAGGUUUUGAAUUCAUAAAGGCUGUUCAUAUUGACCCUAUCCCAUUUGACAUGGAGCGCGACCUUAUCACCCCAACUUUUAAGAAGAAGAGGCCUCAGUUGCUCAAAUACUACCAGGAUGUUAUCAAUAAGAUGUACAAGAAUGCUAAAUGAAGCUCUCCAUUUUCAAAGGGUUCCCUUAACUAAAACAUUUACACAUGGGAUGUGUGUGUGGUAUUAAUUGAUUUGAUCAGUCUUAUUAGUUAAUUGAUUUGUUGCAGCAAUUCAUGUCUACACUUUAUACAAAAUAAAUAAAUAAACCAUUUAUGUUUUAUUCAA